CGGCCGCUCCGCCAUCUUUGUCGGCUGUCCAUUGUUCACUGUGAGGCUAACAUCGGAGCUCAUCCAGCUCGGACUUCGGAACAAAAAGAUAACUCGACGGUGUCACCGGCAGCUGCCCGCGACAGUCGUGGAUUUGCUCUCAGGGUUGCGACUUGUUUUCGGCCAGCGAAGCGAAGCAAAAUGGACGAUGACCAGCCCAAAACCCUGUAUGUGGGGAAUCUGUCCCGGGACGUGACAGAAGCCCUCAUCCUGGAGUUGUUUGGCCAGAUCGGGCCCUGCAAAAGCUGCAAAAUGAUUGUAGAUACAGCAGGUCACGAUCCGUACUGCUUUGUGGAGUUCUAUGAGCAUAGACAUGCCACUGCGACAAUCGCAGCCAUGAACGGUCGGAAAAUACUGGGUAAGGAGGUCAAGGUCAACUGGGCCACGACACCAACCAGCCAAAAGAAAGACACAAGCAGUCACUUCCACGUGUUCGUUGGAGAUCUAAGUCCCGAAAUCACCACAGAUGACAUAAAAGCGGCGUUUGCGCCUUUUGGGAAAAUAUCUGAUUGUCGAGUGGUUAAAGACAUGGCCACGGGUAAAUCUAAAGGCUACGGCUUUGUCUCCUUCUUCAACAAAUGGGAUGCAGAGAACGCCAUCCAGCAGAUGGGGGGACAGUGGUUAGGAGGGAGGCAGAUCAGGACCAACUGGGCCACGAGGAAACCUGCUCCCAAAUCUACGAAUGAAACAAACAACAGCAAGCAGCUAUCUUUCGAUGAGGUGGUGGGCCAGUCCAGCCCCAGCAACUGCACCGUCUACUGCGGAGGAGUCACAACAGGUCUCACAGAGCAAAUUAUGAGACAGACCUUCUCGCCAUUCGGCCAAAUCAUGGAGAUCCGAGUUUUCCCAGAGAAAGGCUACUCCUUCGUGAGGUUUAAUUCCCACGAGGCGGCAGCUCAUGCUAUAGUUUCAGUGAACGGCACGUCCAUAGAAGGCUACGUUGUUAAGUGCUACUGGGGCAAAGAAACAACGGACAUGGUGCAGGGCCCCAUCCAGCCGGUACAGAUGGCACAGCAGAACACGGUGAGCUUCGCAGCGCAGCCCUACAGUCAGUGGGGUCAGUGGUACAGCAACACGCAGCAGAUUGGCCAAUAUGUGCCUAACGGAUGGCAGAUGCCGAGCUAUGGCAUGUACGGGCAGACCUGGGAUCAGCAGGGAUACAAUCAUUUACAUGCUGGAGCCGGAUGGACAGGCGUGGGCGCCAUGAGUAACGGCGGCAUGGUGGAGCCCGGGCAGGGCGUCAACGGGACGGUACUCGCCAACCAGGCCGGGAUGAGCACCGCCGGCUACCACACCCACUGAUCACAAGUAGCCGUCUCUCUCAAGCCUCCGAGGCCACGUGGAUGAUGCUCAGCUGGGGAAGGAGCGCAUUAGAUGUGCUCUGUCUGCCACCUCACAAAAAAAAAUAAAUAAAUAAAAAUUACUGUUAGUAUAGCUGGUACGCCAUUUUUCUCAAUCCUACCAGCACCAAAAAAAAAAGAAGAAUAAAAAAGAAAAACCCACACCCACUGCCCAAAUCUGCAAGUGUAAAGAGAAUUAUCUACACUUUAACACUGUUAAAGCUAACGCUAAUGCACCUUGCAUUGCUGGGCCCAUCCUAUUGUUUGGUGUCAUACCGGCCAAAUGUAAAUUAAACAUCAAGUGUCAAGAGAUUUCCAGCACAGCCACAGUUUAGUUGAAAAGGAAAAUGUUCCUUGAGUUAAAUCCAUAUA